AUGAAUCAUUGUUUCAUUGAUAACUUCUGCGUUGCAAGUAUUUCUUCUCAUUGCGACCAGCGCUGUGGUCAACAAUUUCAUAUUCCGUUUGAUAUUCCUAUAUAUGACGGUCAUAUCCAUCUUAAUCAGACCAUCUCUAAAACUCAAUCAAAUCUUCUUUCCAUGAGAGUAACUCCUCCUAUUCGACAAUUCUACUUUAUAAACAACAACCACAAACCUGACGAAUGGUUUGUUCCAAAUCCUUCUCCAGAUCCCUCCCAUAUCCAUAUACAUCCAACCAUUGGCAUCCAUCCUAAAUACUUUACACCAACAUCCUUAUACCAAACUUUAGAUAAUCUAAGAACGUAUCUAGAGGUUUCUCGCUACAACGGAAGCCAUGAAAACAAAAUCGUUGCUGUGGGUGAGUGCGGUUUGGAUGAGACCAGCAACAGAAGCAUCGAGCAUCAGAUAUUUGUUCUUGAAAAACAAAUAGAUCUCGCCAUACAAUUUGAUCUCCCGAUCGUUCUUCACUGUCGUGGAAACUAUCUGUAUGAGAAAUUGUUCGACUGUCUAAAACGUCGAAUCUCCGAUAAAAAUCAUCGACUUCAUUGGCAUUGUAUUAAUAACAAUGCAAAUCUCUAUAUUGUUGAUUUAUUUUUAAAUCAAUUUCCUAAUUCUUACAUCGGUCUAAAUGGAUCAGUUACCUAUGAAACUAAUUUCGAAAAUUCAUUACUGUUUAAGAAUUGGCUCAUUGAUCGCUCAUCUUUUCUUCCAGAUCGAUUAAUACUUGAAACCGAUUUCCCUUAUCUCUCACCUCGAAACCUAUACGGUACAUAUGAUCCAUCUUGUGCUCUGAUAGCCACAGCUGAAUACCUAUCAAAAACUGUCAAUGAUCCUAAUCAAAGUACUCUCUCAUAUCUCCAAUUCUCUAACAGAAAUAUUAAGACAGUAUAUGCGCUGUAA